CCUCCACUGUUCCUGAGUUUCGGAAAAUCAAGCAGUGCGUUGAAUGAAAGGUAACAACAAGUGUAAGUCCAGGGGACCACGACAGGUAGGAACAAGCAGCAAGAGUUUGGGUGGAUUGUUUUGAAGCAUAUGAUGCAAGUAUCUGAAUGAUUGAGAUACAGUACCUGUGUGGACUUUGAAGGAUGAUCGGGAGCAUACUCUUUUUUAACCCAGUUGUGAUGCUCAUGGACAACUUUUUCAUGAAGAACACAUGAAAACACACUUUGGCUGAUCCUGAAUCGCAAGUGACUCUCCACAGCUUUCUGGUCAUCUAAUCAAGACUCCCCAGCCUCCAUCCAGCUCGGCCCACCCUGUCUGUUAUCUCUGCAAAAAUUAAAUGACACCUGUCUUCAUCUCAAAUACAGACCUCUGAGAGAACUCUUUGCCCUUUUGUAACAUUCACUAGCAAGUCCAAGGAUCCAUUCUUCUCUUCUAUGUAUCUAACUCUGUGAGAUUUCAGUGCCUCGCCCGGCUUGAAUCACUAAGCCAUCCCCAGUAGUUCCCAUCACUCUGAGCUCUCGGCAGCACCUACCAUCUCUUGCUCCUUACUGGUUGGCUCCUCGGAUCCUGAGCCAGGAUGAAUGACAUCCAGGAUGCUACCUCCCCAGGGGGUGCCCUCGGUGGCCCUGUCGCCUGCGUCUCCAAAGUGGAGCUGCGCGUUGCCUGCAAGGCUCUGCUGGACCGAGACACACUGAACAAGUCUGACCCAUGUGUCAUACUCAUGGUGCAGAACCAGGGACAGUGGACAGAGCUUGACAGGACAGAGGUGAUCAAGAGCAACCUGCACCCGGUCUUUGCCAAGGUCUUCACCCUGGACUACUACUUUGAGGAAGUGCAGAAGCUGCGGUUCGAGGUCUACGACAUCCAUGGCACCCACAGUAUUGGCACCCGCGAUGACGACUUCCUGGGUGGGGUGGAGUGUACGCUCGGCCAGAUUGUAGCCCAGAAGAAGAUGAUGAAGCCUUUAUUCCUAAAGUACGCAAAGUACGCUGGGAAAUCCACCAUCACGGUACAUGCUGAAGAAAUUUCUGGCAACAAUGGAUAUGUUGAACUGUUCUUCUGUGCCAAGAAACUGGAUGAUAAGGAUCUCUUCAGUAAGUCAGACCCCUUUUUGGAAAUAUAUCGAAUCAACGAUGAUGGGACGGAACAGCUCGUUCACAGAACUGAGGUGAUCAAAAACAACCUGAACCCCGUAUGGGAGCCCUUUAAAGUGUCUCUCAUCUCUCUGUGUAGCUGUGAUGAGGACAGGAAGCUCAAGUGUCUAGUUUGGGAUUACGACUCCAGGGGAAAACACGACUUCAUCGGAGAGUUUUAUGCCACCUUCCGAGAAAUGCAGAAAAUUGGCGGUGGAAGCAAGGUCACAUGGGAUUGCAUGAAUCCAAAGUAUAAACUGAAGAAGAAGAACUACAAAAACUCUGGGGUGGUCAUCCUCAGUGAUCUCAAGCUUCACAGAGUGUAUUCCUUCCUGGACUACAUCAUGGGAGGAUGCCAAAUCCACUUUACAGUGGCCAUUGACUUCACGGCCUCCAACGGAGACCCUCGGAACAGCUGCUCCCUACACUACAUCAACCCGUACCAGCCCAACGAGUAUCUGAAGGCUUUGAUAGCAGUGGGGGAGAUCUGUCAGGAUUAUGACAGUGACAAAAGAUUUUCCGCCUUGGGAUUUGGUGCCAGAAUUCCACCCAAUUAUGAGGUGUCCCAUGACUUUGCCAUCAAUUUCAACCCAGAGGACGAUGAAUGUGAAGAGAUCCAGGGGGUGGUGGAGGCCUACCAGAACUGCCUGCCUAAGAUCCAGCUGUACGGCCCCACCAACGUCACUCCCAUAAUCAGCAGGAUAGCCAAGCUGUCAGCAGGAGAGGAGACCAUCAAAGAUGCCUCACGUUACCACAUCCUGCUGAUCCUCACGGACGGCGUGGUGACAGACAUGGCGGACACACGCGAGGCCAUCGUACGCGCCUCCUACCAGCCCCUGUCCAUCAUCAUCGUUGGCGUGGGCAAUGCAGACUUCACAGACAUGCAGAUCCUGGACGGGGAUGACGGGGUGCUGCGCUCGCCCAAAGGAGAGCCCGUCCUCAGGGACAUUGUGCAGUUUGUGCCCUUCAGAGACUUCAAAACGGCCUCGCCAGCUGCCUUGGCCAAAUGUGUCCUGGCGGAGGUGCCCAACCAGGUGGUGGAGUACUACAGUCACAAGGCCAUCUGCCCCAUGCCGCCCGUCCCAUCAUGUGACUCUCCCACCUCCCUUGCCAACACCCCUACAGAAUGACUGCCAGCAGUGGGGACCACGGCCUGACCACAUCUCAGUCCAGCAGAGAGAGAGAGAGGGUGCAGAUUGCUGCUCUGGACCAAGAACCAUGGUCAUUGAUAUUAGUGUUGUUAUCAUUCUUUUUUCAUUCGUACAUCGUUUACACACAGACUGAAACCUUUGGAUUGUUUUCUCUCUCCGUUCGGAUCAUGUCCCUCUGCCUGGCUGUGCAUGCAUCUGCCUGUUCAGCAUGAUGCUGGAGCCUUCAUCCUCUUCCUCCUGUUUUGGGGAUGCAUGCAGGUGAAUCCCUCCCAGAGUUGAUCAACUAUGAUCACAGGCUCUCUGUUCCCUUCUGCCCUGAUACUGGCACCUCGGCCCUCAACUGGUUUUCUAUUACUUUCAAGACUCUCCAAGGCUUCAGUCUGCUUCUCCUCUGUGUCCAUUUUGCUCUGCUAAGUCUUACUGCCCAUUACUGGUAUUGUGUGAAGAGCCUGCCAACUGAAGGAUUGGGGGAGGGGGGGGAUCUAAACAUAUCAAACCACAUGAGUCUUUCAAUGUUGAGGAAAGAGAUUUAGGUAACACUUUAUUUUACUAUUCCGGCAUGAUGCCUGCACAGAUAAGGUAGUCAUAUACAUGCAAACUUGACAUUUUGUAACAUGACUCACACUAAUUAACUUACGUUACAGUACAAAGUUUUGAAGCCUACUGAUUUAUUACAGAUUUAGCGAUGUGACAUAAAUACAUGUUAUGUCAAUCUCAGGUUUAUAAUAACCUUAUGCAGGCAUUAUGGCAGAGCAUUCAAAUAAAAUGUUACCGAAGUAUAUAAAGAAUAAAUAAGUCAACAAAUAUAAACAAACAUAUGUACAGUAUAAAUGAAAGAUAAAGAUCUACAUCAAGAUUAAAUCAGAUAUUUUUCAACUAUUGUGCCCAUUACCUCCCUAUGAAACAUACCUUAGGGAUUUAUCUUUUUCUAAACCUGACCUAUCUGGAGCUUUAGUCAGUUACUUUUCUUAACUGAAUUAAUGAGGAACAUUUUAAAUAGGGCUCUUCAUGGUGUUUAUAUCACAAGGCUGUACGAUAUUGUAGGUCUUCUUUUAUCUUAUUCAAGGGAGAUAACCUUGCAUCUCAUUACUCAUGUGAAAGACCUCACUGCACUGUCUGGUAAAGAAUCUAAAUACGGUGGAAUUUAUAUGAUUUAUAUUGUUUGAAGAGUGCAAAUGUCACAGGAGUACACAUUGACAUUAAUGAGAAAAUACCAGAGAGGGGGUGCAUGGCCUUGUAUUCAUAUUGACUUGUUUGGAUGAGAUGCUGCUUACUUAUGAUAAGCAGCUUUACAUGCACAUCCCUCCAUGAUUAAUGUACUGGAACAAUUUUCUCCCUCCAGGAACUACUCUGUUCCCUCUGUUGACACUUUGACUUGAUGAUUGUAUAAAUCAUGGGUAAGAAGUCUUGCACAUAGUUCCAUAAACUUCUUCUGCUAAAAAUUCUACUGACAUAGUUGAGGUGCAUUAGGUAUCUACGUCAGAUAUGAUGCAAACAGAGGUAACCUGAAUCACUGAAAUGGUAUAGAUAGUUAUGAGUCAAUUAGCAUAAUAUGGGUUUCUAGAUGUUGAUGCCAGUCCGUGCCAUUGCCUCUCUCCUUUGUUAAUGCAACUUUGUAAUUAUCAAGUUCACUUUGGCUUGUCACUCAAUACUUCUACCAGAUGGCCCAUGUGCCCUUAUGUACAUAACUGCGGCUAAACUCCCCCGGUACGGUGCUCCUGUGUGCUGUGCUCUGCGCUCCUUUGAAGAACAGUGAGUGUGUAUCUGUCACUAAGGACCACAAGCUGGGGCCCAUUGAUUCAGGAGGCGCAGAUCUGGAGUCCUACUUGAUCAGCUGAAUGUAAAUAACCCUGGAUGGACUUUAAUCUCCACACUGGGGCUCUGCAGUGUGUGACGUGUAGGUUGGGGAAAUGGAUGUACAUUGCAUUCGGAAAGUAUUCAGACCCCUUCCCUUUUUCCACAUUUUGUUACG